UUAUAAAGAUUGGAUGCACUGCCAUGUAAUGUCAUUUUUUCGUAGCAAGAUUUUGUUGUUGUUGUUGCAUUAAUUCUCUCAGUCAUUCUCUCUUGACCUCUUAAAGAUGGCGGCCAGGCUCGAUCUGCAGGACAAGAGUUUGCCACUGCGUUCAUGCAGAACUAUGUAUCACCUUUUGACCUGCCGCUCUUUCAGCUUUACAUCACCUCUCUGAAUUUUAAUUGCCUGGUAAAGGUCAACGUGUCCAGUCUCAAUUUUACCCAGCAGGUCCAACUGACUGCAGGUCAGGGCUUCACUGUCACCCUCCCCAAAGCAAUCGAGCUGUCUGGAACCAGGAGGUCCCGCAAAACUGUCUUCAUUCAGUCGUCUGACGACAUAACGGUUUCCUCCCUGAACUCAAAGCAGUUCACGGCGGAUACGUCCCUGGUCUACCCCAUGAGCGAAUGGGGUAUUGAAUAUUUUGUUUUCACCCCCACCAACUCCCCUCCAUCCAUGCUGAAGGAGUUUGUGCUUAUCAACGGUAAAGAGAUGAACACGGUGGAAGUGUUGCUGCGAGCGGCGGUUCGGUUUGAAGGGCGCUUGUAUGGUGUCGGCAGUAAACUAACUGUGGUGAUGGAGCCUUUUGAAAAUUUGCAAAUUCAAAGCCAAGGAGACCUCACAGGAACCCGCAUAUCCUCGCAACUUCCCAUCGCAGUGUACUCGGGUCACAUGUGCACAUGGCGCUUUUCUAAGUGCAAUCACGUUUAUGAGCAGCUGCUGCCAGUGCAAAGCUGGGAUACUCACUUCCUGGUGGCUCCGUUUAGCAUUCAGAGCCAGUUUGACAGCAUUUAUAUCCAAGCGGCACAGACAACGAAUAUAACUCUUCAAUUCGGCCAUUCUACAUUAACUGGUGUUCUUCAGCGUGGCCUCAUCCAAGAGUACAAAAUCCAGUUUCCAAAUGGUUUCAACAUUGUUGCUGACAAUGGAAUCCAGGUGUUUUUUCUGUUUAAUGGUGUGCGAACAUCCCAUGGUGUCAUAUACGACCCGUUUCUUAUGAAUCUUCUGCCCAACAACAAUUUUUGUACUUCGUAUGCACUUGAUGGGAUAGCUGGCUUUGACAACCGAGCUCUCCUGAUUGUUCCUACCAAAGAGCUAGCAGGGAUUCGUUUUGAUAGCCUGCCUUUAUCUGGAAACCUUCAGUGGAGGGUCAUUAAUAGCAGCGAGUUCUCUUGGACUGAGCUGGUUUACCAACCUGGGGCAGGUGGGCACAAAUUAACCAAUCCAAAUGCUUCUUUUGGGGUCUACAGUGUGGGACUACAGCAAGUGAAUGGCUACGGAGCCCCAGCCGCAUGCACAGAAUCUCCAGCAACUCGCUCUUGCUUUAGUAUCACCUGUGGUAUAGAUGAGGAUUGCCAGAUGAUGGAUUCCUUCCCCAUUUGUGUGAAGAAACCAUCUGGAGUGUGUUGGGCAAUGGGUGAUCCUCACUACAGCACAUUUGACCAGCGUUAUUUUGACUUCAUGGGCACUUGCACUUAUGUUGUCACCAGGAACUGCCAGCAAAAAGAUCUUCCUGCUUUUGAGGUCCUGGCUAAAAAUGAAAACCGUGGUGACAUUAGUGUCUCCUAUGUGGCACGUGUAACUGUGAUUUUUGGAGAUAUAACCAUAAUUGUGGAAAGUUCUGAGCCUGGGAAAGUGACGAUUGGUCAGAGUUUGUGGAGCCUUCCUGUGGUUCUUGAUGAUGUCGGGGUGUCCAUGUUCCAGUCUGGUAGCUUCAUCAACAUCCUGUUUUCUUUUGGGCUGAGUGUGCAGUAUGACUGGAACCACUAUCUCAUGGUCUCUCUGCCCACUGCCUUCAUGAACAAAGUCUGCGGGCUCUGUGGCAACUUCAAUGGUGAUCCCAAUGAUGAUUUCGCCAUGCCUUCAAACACCCUGGCUCCCAGUGCGACAACGUUUGUCCAGAGUUGGAAAGUUUACAAUUUAUCACUGGAUGAGGGCUGUAGAGAUGAUGGUGCGCCACAUGGAUGUGAUGCUGAAACACAGAGGCAAUGGCUGGGUGAAAAAUAUUGUGGACUCCUAAUGAUGGCACCAUUUACUCAGUGCCAUUCUGUUAUUGAUCCAAGCAUUUACAUUCAGAAUUGCAUGUUUGAUGUCUGUAUGACAGAUGGGCACAGAAACUACUUAUGUAGGGUCUUAGAGGUCUAUGUUAGUGCAUGUCAGCGUGUUGCGAUACAACUAACCAACUGGAGAGAAGCAGCCAAUUGUUCCUACAGAUGCCCAGAGAACAGCCAUUAUCAAUUUUGUGGUAGCGCGUGCCCUUUUACCUGCAUGGACCUCAGGUCUCCUGUGAACUGCACAUUACCCUGUGUCGAAACAUGCUCUUGUGAUCCUGGUUUCAUUUUGAGUGGAUCUGAAUGUGUAUCUUCAACCCAAUGUGGCUGUUCCUACAAUGGACACUACGUUCCUGCUGGAGAGUCUUUCUGGGCAGAUGAUACUUGUCAGAGGCUUUGUCAUUGCUCCAUGGAGGGUGGACAUCUGGAAUGCCAAGACAAAGGCUGUGGGGAAGGAGAGCACUGCUGGGUAGAGAAUGGGAUUAGGGGCUGUUAUCCUGUCUCCCAAAGCACCUGUAUGGCACUGGGCGACCCCCACUACUACACAUUUGAUGGGAAUCAUUUUGACUUCCAGGGCAACUGUAUGUAUCAGUUGGUUGGGGUUUGUUCCUCAGAUCCUAGACUGGUUUCCUUUGAUGUGCUGGUGCAAAAUGAGUUUCGGCAGAGCAGAGUGGUGACGUUCACUAAAUUACUGAAGAUCAGAGUAUAUAAUAUCACCAUUGUUAUCGAUAGAGAAUACAGUGCUGCUGUUACCGUCGAUGGUGAGCUGGUGAACCUUCCUCUCCAUCUUAUUGAAGGUCAGGUUUCUGUUUUCAGAAGUGGCUGGUCUGCUGUCGUUCAAACCUCUUUUGGUCUCAGAGUCACGUUUGAUUGGAACAGCUUUGCUACAGUCACCGUUCCCAGCACCUACAUGGGUGCCGUCUGUGGCCUCUGUGGAAACUACAAUGGAAAUCCAGAAGAUGAUUUGUUUGUCAGAGGUACAACAGUACCUGCUUCAGGACCGAUGCAGUUUGGUGCCAGCUGGAGUGUAGCUGAGAUCCCAGACUGUGUCCAUGGCUGCACAAACAGUUGUCAGGUUUGCGACCCGACCAGAAGGAGUCUCUAUGAGACGUCUAAUUUCUGUGGGCUGCUGCGAGAUCCACAGGGGCCUUUCAGGGACUGUCAAACCAUAUUAAACCCUGCUAGUUUUUUUGAGAGUUGUGUUUACGAUGUCUGUUUGUAUAACGGAAGGAGAGAUAUACUAUGCCAGGCCAUAACGGCAUAUGUAUCUGCCUGUCAGGCGAUGGGAAGGACCAUCAGUCCCUGGAGAACUGCUGAAUUCUGUGGUGUUCAGUGUCCCAUCCACAGCCACUAUGAGCUCUGUGGCUCUGGUUGUGAAGUCACCUGUCAUAGUUUGGCUCCUCCAGCUGGCUGUCGUAGCCCCUGUAUAGAGGGCUGCGUGUGUGAUGAGGGCUACAUCAGGAGUGGGGACCGCUGUGUCCCCCUCUCUCAGUGUGGGUGUCUCCAUGGCAACCGCUACUACUUGCUUUACCAACAGUUCUAUCUGGGCAAUAAGUGUGAGGAGAUGUGCAUGUGUUUACCGGAUGGCCAGGUGGUCUGUAAUAAGUCAUCUUGUGGCCCCUAUGAGAGCUGUGAGUUGGUGAAUGGUGUUCGCAGAUGUCUGCCCAUCAAACAGGGCAUUUGUGAAGCUGCUGGUGACCCACACUACGUGUCUUUGGACGGGCUGCGCUUUGAUUUUCAGGGAACCUGUACCUACAUUCUCUCCCAAUCAUGUGGACUGGAACAAACCAACCUGACCCAGUUCUCCAUCCAGGUGGAGAAUGAGAUAUGGUGGCGCAACAGAUAUCGUAAAGUCUCUGUUACCAAGCAAGUGACCUUAAAGGUUUACGGCAGCACCAUCACCUUAAGACAAAACGAACCUCAAAUCCUGGUCAAUGGGGUUCUGACUAACAUUCCAUACAGUUCAAGCAGUUUAAAUGGCUCCUUAGUGCAGGCCUAUAAGGAAGGUAGUUACUACAUCAUCAAGACUGGUUUUGGCCUCCGUGUGACCUAUGACCUGUCCUACUACGUCACUGUUGCCAUCCCUGCCAACUACCGCAACAAGACAUGCGGACUCUGCGGCAACUUUGAUGGCAUCUCUUCAAAUGACUUCCGCCUCCCAGGUGGCAAUAUUACACAGGACGUCAAUGUAUUCGGAAGAGCCUGGAAAGUGGACGUCCCUGGAGCCGUGUGUGAGGACGGAUGUGAAAGCGGCACAUGUCUGGACUGUGAUCCUCGACUAAAAGCCAUCUUUGAGAAGCCUCCCUACUGCGGAGUUCUGGUUGACCCCAACGGCCCGUUUGCGCCUUGUCAUGCUGUGCUGAAGCCUUCAGAUUAUCUCAAUGACUGUGUCUUUGAUACCUGUGUAUCCGACGGCAGCAUCAGUGUGGUUUGUGAUAGUGUGGCAAGAUACGCUUUUGGUUGUCGCACAGCUGGAAUAGUUAUCCAGAGAUGGAGAACAGAUUCAUUCUGCCCAAUGUCUUGUCCAGCUCACAGUCAUUAUGAGCCGUGCGCAGACGUCUGCUCUGCUGCCUGCCCUGGUCUGACUAUAAAUAUCCAGUGUCCCAAACCCUGCACAGAGGGCUGUGCUUGUGACAGCGGUUAUCUGUUUGAUGGCCAGCAGUGUGUUGAACGCCAGCAAUGUGGCUGCUAUCAACAGGGACGCACGUAUAAAGCUGGCGAGGUGGUUUAUCUGGACCAGUGUCAGCAGAAGUGUCAAUGUGAUCCAGGGAAAGGACUCCUAUGUGAAAGAACCAACUGUUCUAACGGCACACAGUGUUUACUUAGAGAGGGAAUAUGGGGCUGCUUUUACCCAGAUCCAUGUCAAGACCUCCACUGUCGAGAGAAAGAGACAUGCCGCAUUGUACGUGGCAAAGCCUUGUGUGUGCCCCAGUACAACAGCACAUGCUGGGCAUGGGGUGAUCCGCACUUCCACACCUUUGAUGGCUAUGAGUAUAACUUCCAGGGCACCUGUAAAUAUGUCUUGUCUAAAACCUGUGGGAAUCUGAGUGGCCUGGUGCCCUUCUCUGUAACCCAGAGCAAUGAAAACCGUGACAAUCCUGAUGUGUCUUAUGUGCGGGAGGUGGAAGUUACUGUAUAUGGCAGCACUUUUACCAUGGUGAACCAACAUACAGGACAGAUGAUGGUGGAUGGUUUGUGGUUUUAUCUUCCUCUUGAUCUUCAUGAUGGCCAUGUGAGAGUGCGACAGAGUGGCAAUGCUGCUCUGUUGGAGACCGACUUCGGUCUGCGUGUCUCUUACACCUGGGGCUGGAGGGUUGACCUGCAUGUGCCCAGUAGUUACUAUGGACUUGUGUGUGGCCUGUGCGGAAAUUUCAAUGGUAAUGGUGGAGAUGAGCUGAGAGACCCUGCUGGAAAUCUUCUGCCAAGUCUGUACCAGUGGGCAAAGAGCUGGAGAGCAGAAGACAGGCUCACAUCAGCAUGUAACGAUGGCUGUGAGACCAACUGCACUGUUUGCUCUCCUGACCUACGAGCCCUUUACGAAACAAACACUUUCUGUGGUGUCCUGACAUCUACAGCCCAGAGUGUUUUUAGUGCAUGUUAUGCUAAAGUGAACCCACAGGCGUUCCAGCAGGGCUGUGUGUACGAUCUGUGCUUCAAUAACGGAGACCGAAGACUUCUUUGUCAAACUCUGGAGACCUAUGUAUAUCUGUGUCGUCAAGAGGGCAUUAUUAUUACAGAUUGGAGAGGGAGACUGAAUUGCUCUAUGAGUUGCCCGUCCAACAGUCAUUAUGAGGCCUGUGCGUCUCCGUGUCCAGUGACAUGCCCUUACCCAAAUCAGCAGCUAAACUGCAGUGAGACCUGUGUGGAAGCCUGUGUGUGUAACAGCGGAUUUGUCCUCAGCGCUGGUGUUUGUGUGCCCACAAAUCAAUGUGGCUGCUUCUACGAAGGCGCCUACUACCAACAAGGCCAAACCUUCUGGGCCGAUGAGCAGUGUCAUCGGCUUUGUGAGUGUGACCGUAAUUUGAGAGUUGUGGUUUGUCGAGAAUCUUCCUGUGCCGCCAAUGAGAGCUGCUUGAUUGUUAAUGGAAGUCGGAGCUGCCAGCCAGUGGUCUGUAAUAAGUCAUCUUGUGGUCCCUAUGAGAGCUGUGAGUUGGUGAAUGGUGUGCGCAGAUGUCUGCCCAUGAAACAGGGCAUUUGUGAAGCUGCUGGUGACCCACACUACGUGUCUUUGGACGGGCUGCGCUUUGAUUUCCAGGGAACCUGUACAUACAUUCUCUCCCAAUCAUGUGGACUGGAACAAACCAACCUGACCCAGUUCUCCAUCCAGGUUGAGAAUGAGAUAUGGUGGAGCAACAGAUAUCGUAAAGUCUCUGUUACCAAGCAAGUGGCCUUAAAGGUUUACGGCAGCACCAUCACCUUAAGACAAAACGAGCCUCAAAUCCUGGUCAAUGGGGUUGUGACUAACCUUCCAUACAGUUCAAGCAGUUUAAAUGGCUCCUUGGUGCAGGCCUAUAAGGAAGGUAGUUACUACAUCAUCAAGACUGGCUUUGGCCUCCGUGUGACCUAUGACCUGUCCUACUACGUCACUGUUGCCAUCCCUGCCAACUACCGCAACAAGACAUGUGGACUCUGCGGCAACUUUGAUGGCAUCUCUUCAAAUGACUUCCGCCUCCCAGGUGGCAAUAUUACACAGGACGUCAAUGUAUUCGGAAGAGCCUGGAAAGUGGACGUCCCUGGAGCCGUGUGUGAGGACGGAUGUGAAAGCGGCACAUGUCUGGACUGUGAUCCUCGACUGAAAGCCAUCUUUGAGAAGCCUCCCUACUGCGGAGUUCUGGUUGACCCCAACGGCCCGUUUGCUCCCUGUCAUGCUGUGCUGAAGCCUUCAGAUUAUCUCAAUGACUGUGUCUUUGAUACCUGUGUAUCUGACGGCAGCAUCAGUGUGGUUUGCGAUAGUGUGGCAAGUUAUGCUUUUAGUUGUCGCACCGCCGGAAUCGUUAUCCAGAGAUGGAGGACGGACUCGUUCUGCCCAAUGUCGUGUCCAGCUCACAGUCAUUAUGAGCCGUGCGCAGACGUCUGCUCUGCUGCCUGCCCUGGUCUGACUAUAAAUAUCCAGUGUCCCAAACCCUGCACAGAGGGCUGUGCUUGUGACAGCGGUUAUCUGUUUGAUGGCCAGCAGUGUGUUGAACGCCAGCAAUGUGGCUGCUAUCAACAGGGACGCACGUAUAAAGCUGGCGAGGUGGUUUAUCUGGACCAGUGUCAGCAGAAGUGUCAAUGUGAUCCAGGGAAAGGACUCCUAUGUGAAAGAACCAACUGUUCUAACGGCACACAGUGUUUACUUAGAGAGGGAAUAUGGGGCUGCUUUUACCCAGAUCCAUGUCAAGACCUCCACUGUCGAGAGAAAGAGACAUGCCGCAUUGUACGUGGCAAAGCCUUGUGUGUGCCCCAGUACAACAGCACAUGCUGGGCAUGGGGUGAUCCGCACUUCCACACCUUUGAUGGCUAUGAGUAUAACUUCCAGGGCACCUGUAAAUAUGUCUUGUCUAAAACCUGUGGGAAUCUAAGUGGCCUGGUGCCCUUCUCUGUAACCCAGAGCAAUGAAAACCGUGACAAUCCUGAUGUGUCUUAUGUGCGGGAGGUGGAAGUUACUGUAUAUGGCAGCACUUUUACCAUGGUGAACCAACAUACAGGACAGAUCAUGGUGGAUGGUUUGUGGUUUUAUCUUCCUCUUGAUCUUCAUGAUGGCCAUGUGAGAGUGCGACAGAGUGGCAAUGCUGCUCUGUUGGAGACCGACUUCGGUCUGCGUGUCUCUUACACCUGGGGCUGGAGGGUUGACCUGCAUGUGCCCAGUAGUUACUAUGGACUUGUGUGUGGCCUGUGCGGAAAUUUCAAUGGUAAUGGUGGAGAUGAGCUGAGAGACCCUGCUGGAAAUCUUCUGCCAAGUCUGUACCAGUGGGCAAAGAGCUGGAGAGCAGAAGACAGGCUCACAUCUGCAUGUGAUGAUGGCUGUGAGACCAACUGCACUGUUUGCUCUCCUGACCUACGAGCCCUUUACGAAACAAACACUUUCUGUGGUGUCCUGACAUCUACAGCCCAGAGUGUUUUUAGUGCAUGUUAUGCUAAAGUGAACCCACAGGCGUUCCAACAGGGCUGUGUGUACGAUCUGUGCUUUAAUAACGGAGACCGAAGACUUCUUUGUCAAGCUCUGGAGACCUAUGUAUAUCUGUGUCGUCAAGAGGGCAUUAUUAUUACAGAUUGGAGAGGGAGACUGAAUUGCUCUAUGAGUUGCCCGUCCAACAGUCAUUAUGAGGCCUGUGCGUCUCCGUGUCCAGCGACAUGCCCAUACCCAAAUCAGCAGCUAAACUGCAGUGAGACCUGUAUGGAAGCCUGUGUGUGUAACAGCGGAUUUGUCCUCAGUGCUGGUGUUUGUGUGCCCACAAAUCAAUGUGGCUGCUUCUACGAAGGCGCCUACUACCAACAAGGCCAAACCUUCUGGGCCGAUGAGCAGUGUCAUCGGCUUUGCGAGUGUGACCGUAAUUUGAGAGUUGUGGUUUGUCGGGAAUCUUCUUGUGCCGUCGGUGAGAGCUGCUCAGUUGUUAAUGGAAGUCGCAGUUGUCGGCCAGUAAGUCGCCCCGCCAUAUGCACAGGCUCAGUGGACCCACAUUACCGCACAUUCGACGGACUCCAUUAUGAUUUCCAGGGCACGUGUGUGUAUCAGUUGGCAGCACUAUGUAUUGCUAAUACAAGUCUUGUGCCUUUUAACGUGACAGUUAAGAAUGAUCAUCGAUGGAGCAAUGCAGUGAGCUUCACUCACACUGUCAAUGUGACUGUGAAUGGAUUCACCAUCACAUUGACCAGAGAACAUCCGUAUCAAUUACUGUUUAAUGGCCAGCUAGCAGAACUUCCCUUUUGGAUUCAAGAUGUGUUUCUAGUUUUCCGUAGCGGUAAUAUUGCUGUUGUGAAGACAAACUUUGGUCUCCAGGUGACCUUUGACUGGUCCAAUGUGGUGAUGGUCACUUUGCCUAACAAUUACAGUGGUGCUGUUUGUGGACUUUGUGGAAACUUCAACGGUGUUCUUCAGGAUGACGUUACAAUGCACAAUGGUAUGAUCGCACCCAAUGCCAGUAGUCUGGGACGUAGCUGGCAGGUUGCUGAAGCACCUGGCUGUUCCUCAGCUGGUUGUCUUGGUGCUGGAUGCUCAACCUGCACUGCAAACCAGAGAGAGAACGCACAGCGCUAUUGUGAGAUCCUCACAAACCGGACAGGGCCUUUUAGAGAAUGUCACAAGCAGAUCGAUCCUGGAUCUUACCUGGAGGAUUGCAUAUUUGACACCUGCACUUUUCAAGGACACCAGAUUGUGUUGUGUGCAGCGGUGGCAGCCUACGCAUCUGCUUGUCAGAGUCUAAAUAUCACUGUUCACCCGUGGAGAAAUGCCACUUUCUGCCCUCCAUCCUGCCCACCACACAGCCACUACAACCUCUGUGCUCCAGGCUGUUCGGAGACCUGUGUUAAUAUUUCUGCACACAACUGUAGCAGACCCUGUGCUGAGGCCUGCCAGUGUGAUCAGGGUUACAUCCUGAGCGGCCAAACCUGUGUACCACAAGCAGAAUGUGGCUGCUUCUAUCGAGGACGCUAUUACAACAAACUGCAGAUGUUUUACGUCAAUGAGCAGUGCUUGGAGCGAUGCGUGUGUGGAGAAAAUGGAACGGUUUCCUGCCAGGCAUCAAGUUGUAGUCCAGGAGAAGCUUGCGGGGUGGUGGAUGGAGUUUUAGGAUGCCACCCUGUCAGUUAUGGAAGAUGUGUGGCCUCUGGUGACCCUCACUACACUUCUUUUGAUGGCGGGAGGUUUGACUUUCAAGGCACAUGUGUUUAUACGCUUGCCAAGGUAUGUGACCGGGCUGGAGGACAGCUGGUGAAUUUUUCUGUGGACACACAGAAUGAGCAGAUAAGAAACACAAAGGUUUCUAUCAUCAAGAAUUUGACUGUGACUGUUUACAACCUGACAAUUACCGUCAGACGAGGUGAACACUCAAGAGUCAUAGUGAAUAAUGAAUUUGUCACCCUCCCUUCAUCUUUUGGCACUCAAGUCACCAUUAGCCAGGUUGGAUACAAUGUCAAAGUGCAAACUGACUUUGGCUUGAAAGUUCUGUAUGAUGCCUAUUACCACGCAGAAGUCUAUGUACCCUCCAGCUAUCAAGGCCGCAUGUGUGGCCUGUGUGGCAACUACAAUGGCAAUAAUACAGAUGACUUCUUGUUGCCUAAUGGCACACACAGUGCCAGUGUCAGUGUGUUUGGACAGGCAUGGGCAUUACCAGCAACUGGAGUUCAGUGUGGAGAUGAAAGUUCCCCGCAGCAGUGCGAUCAAAUAAAAGCUGAGAGAUACCGCAGAAGUGAUGCCUGUGGUCUCAUGGCAGCUGCUGCUGGUCCCUUCAGUGCCUGUCAUGAUCAGGUGAAUCCUGAGCAAUAUGUGAUUAACUGUGUAUUUGACAUGUGUGUCAUGGAUGGAGACAGAGCGAUGCUGUGUGAAAAUCUUCAGGCUUAUGCCAUCACCUGCCAACAAGCCGGGGUGCAAAUCAUGCCAUGGAGAAAUAGUUCCUUCUGCCCGAUGAACUGUCCAGCCAACAGUCACUAUGCACAGUGCUCUAAUAACUGUGCCAACACCUGUGCCAGCCUCAGCAGGUCCAUUAACUGCCCAGACAUUUGCAUGGAAGGCUGUCAGUGUGAUGAAGGCUGGGUCUCAGAUGGUGAUGCUUGUGUGUCUGUGAGAGACUGUGGAUGCGUCCAUAAUGGCAGAUACUUAAAGGUUGGUGAAGUCUUAGUGACUGACACCUGUGACAGGAAGUGUGUCUGUCGGGUCACUGGGCUGCUGGAAUGUGUGAACAAAACCUGUUCCAGAGGAGAGAUCUGUAAAGUACUGGAUGGCCAACGAGACUGUUACAGCGAUCAAGGCCACUGUGUAUUUGAUGCCAGUGACCAGCUGCAGUCCUUUGAUGGUGUAAAGGGGGCAGUGCAGCGACCGGGAGCCUAUCAAAUGGCUUUCUUGUGCAAUCAAGUGUCUCCUGACUGGUUCCGUGUGGUGUUAGAUGUACGUGCAUGUGCUAGGAAUGAUUCUGGUCAUGUGACAAUGGUCCACAUCUUCUUCCAGGACAUGAUCAUCACAGUCAACAAUCACAGGCACAGCUGGGUGAAUGGAAAGAAUGUCUCAUAUCCCUUUAUGCCUAAAGAUGGAGUGUUAGUCUCAUACAUGAAUGAGGCUGUGGUCAUUGAGAAGGUAUCUGUCCUGAGACUGACUUACUCUGGCACUGGAGAAAUCAUCUUAUCUGUAAACACAGUCCUGAAAGACCAAGUUUGUGGAGCCUGUGGCAAUUUUAAUGGAGUCACUGCAGAUGAUCUGAAAACUUCUGAUGGGAGAAACUCCACCAUGAUGUCUCUAGUUGCAUCAUCCUGGCAGGCUGAAGACUUCUUUACAUGGUGGAAUGGCAGCCAGGCUAGAUCUGCAGGACGAGAGUUUGCCACAGUGUUCAUGCAAAACUAUGUUUCCCCUUUGAACCAGUCACUUUUUCAGCUUUAUAUCACCUCUUUGAAUUCUAAUUGUCAAGUGAAUGUUAGCGUGCCUAGUCUAAACUUUACCCAGGAGGUGCAACUGACCGCAAGUCAGGGCUUCACCGUGACCCUCCCCAAAGAGGUUGAGCUGUCUGGAACCAGGAGGUCCCGCAAAACCAUCCUCAUUCAGGCAUCUGAUGACAUAACGGUUUCCUCCCUAAACUCAAAGGAAAACACUGCGGAUACGUCCCUGGUCUACCCCAUGAGUGAAUGGGGUACUGAAUAUUUCGUGUUCACCCCCACAAACUCCCCUCCAUCCAUGCUGAAGGAGUUUGUGCUUAUCAACAGUAAAGAGAGGAACACGGUGGAAGUGUUGCUGCGAGCGGAGGUUCGGUUCGAAGGGCGCUUGUAUGGUGUCGGCAGUAAACUAACUGUCGUGAUGGAUCCUUUUGAAAAUGUGCAAAUUCAAAGCCAAGGAGACCUCACAGGAACCUGCAUAUCCUCGCACCUUCGCAUCGCCGUGUACUCGGGUCACAUGUGCACAUGGUGCUUUUCUAAGUGCAAUCACGUUUACGAGCAGCUGCUGCCAGUGCAAAGCUGGGGUACUCACUUCCUGGUGGCUCCGUUUAGCAUUCAGAGCCAGUUUGACAGCAUUUAUAUCCAAGCGGCACAGACAACGAAUGUAAACACUCAGUUUGGCCUUAGUAAGUUAACUGAUGUUCUUCAGCGUGGUCAGGUAAAAGAGUACAAAAUCCAGUUUCCUGAAGGCCUCAAUAUUAUCGCUGACCAUGGAAUCCAGGUUUUUUUUCUGUUUAAUGGUGUGCAAACCUCCGACGGGGGCAUAUAUGGCCCAUUUCUGGUAAAUCUGCUGCCCAAGAAAAAUUUCUGUUCUUCAUACACGCUUGAUGGGAUAGCUGGAUUUGACAACCGAGCUCUCCUGAUUGUUCCUACCAAUAAACAAGCAGGGAUAAAUUUGCCAUUAACUGGAAAUGUUCAGUGGAGGGUUAUCAAUGGCAGUGACUACUCCUGGACUGAAUUGGUUUACCCACCCAGUGCAGACAGAUACAAAGUAAACCACCCAAAUGCUUCCUUUGUGGUGUACAGUGUAGGAGUAAUGCAAGUGAAUGGGUACGGAGCGCCAGCCCCAUGCACCGCUCGAGAUGUUGCACCAGCACAUAGCACGUGCUUAAACACAGUCUGUAGUGAGAAUGAGGAAUGCCAGAUGAAGGGUUCCAACCCCACCUGUGUGAAGAAGCCAUCUGGAGUGUGUUGGGCAAUGGGUGACCCGCACUACCACACAUUUGACCGCCGUCACUUUGACUUCAUGGGCACUUGCACUUAUGUUGUUACCAGGACCUACCAGGAAAAAGAUAAUCUUCCUGAUUUUGAGGUCCUGGCUAAAAAUGAGAACCGUGGUGACAGAAGAGUUUCUUACGUGGCACGUGUAAUUGUGAAUAUUCGUAAUACCACCAUCAUCAUUGAAAGUUGUCAGCCAGGGAAAGUCAAGAUUGGUCAGAGUUUGUGGAGCCUUCCUGUGGUUCUUGAUGAUGUCGGGGUGUCCAUGUUCCAGUCUGGCAGCUUCAUCACCAUCCUGUUUUCUUUUGGGCUGAGUGUGCAAUAUGACUGGAACCACUAUCUCAUGGUCUCUCUGCCCACUGCCUUCAUGAACAAAGUCAGUGGGCUCUGUGGCAACUUCAACGGUGAUCCCAAUGAUGAUUUCACCAUGCCUUCAAACACCCUGGCUCCCAGUGCAACAGAAUUUGGUCAGAGUUGGAGAGUUCACAAUUUAACAUUGGAUAAGGGCUGUAGAGAUCUUGUUGGGGAUAUUGGAUGUGAUGCUGAAGCGCUUAAGCAAUGGAAAGGCGAAAACUAUUGUGGACUCCUAAUGAUGGCGCCAUUUACUCUGUGCCAUUCUGUUAUUGAUCCAAGUAUUUACAUUCAGAACUGCAUGUAUGAUGUUUGUAUGACAGAUGGGCACAGAAACUACUUAUGUAAGGUCUUAAAGGUCUAUGCAAGUGCAUGUCAGCACAUUGGGGUAAAGCUAACCAACUGGAGAGAAGCGACCAAUUGUUCCUACAGAUGCCCAGAGAACAGCCAUUAUCAAUUUUGUGGUAGCGCGUGCCCUUUUACCUGCAUGGACCUCAGGUCUCCUGUGAACUGCACUUUACCCUGUGUCGAAACAUGCUCUUGUGAUCCUGGUUUCAUUCUGAGUGGAUCUGAAUGUGUAUCUUCAACCCAAUGUGGCUGUUCCUACAAUGGACACUACGUUCCUGCUGGAGAGUCUUUCUGGGCAGAUGAUACUUGUCAGAGGCUUUGUCAUUGCUCCAUGGAGGGUGGACAUCUGGAAUGCCAAGACAAAGGCUGUGGGGAAGGAGAGCACUGCCGGGUGGAGAAUGGGAUUAGGGGCUGUUAUCCUGUCUCCCAAAGCACCUGUAUGGCACUGGGCGACCCCCACUACUACACAUUUGACGGAAAAUACUUUGACUUCCAGGGCAACUGUAUGUAUCAGUUGGUUGGGCUUAAUGUCUCAGAUCCUGGACUGGUUCCCUUUGAAGUGCUGGUGCAUAAUGACUUUCGGGGAAGCAAAGUGGUGUCGUUCACCAAAUUACUGAAAAUCAGAAUAUAUAAUAUCACCAUUGUCAUUGAUAGAGAAUACAGCGGUUUUGUUACUGUCAAUGGAGAGCUGGUGAACCUUCCCCUCCAUCUUACUGAAGGUCAGGUUUCUGUUUUCAGAAGUGGCUGGUCUGCUGUCGUUCAAACCUCUUUUGGUCUCAGAGUCACGUUUGAUUGGAACAGCUUUGCUACAGUCACCGUUCCCAGCACCUACAUGGGUGCCGUCUGUGGCCUCUGUGGAAACUACAAUGGAAAUCCAGAAGAUGAUUUGUUUGUCAGAGGUACAACAGUACCUGCUUCAGGACCGAUGCAGUUUGGUGCCAGCUGGAGUGUAGCUGAGAUCCCAGACUGUGUCCAUGGCUGCACAAACAGUUGUCAGGUUUGCGACCCGACCAGAAGGAGUCUCUAUGAGACGUCUGAUUUCUGUGGGCUGCUGCGAGACCCGCAGGGGCCUUUCAGGGACUGUCAAACCGUAUUAAACCCUGCUCGUUUUUUUGAGGGUUGUGUUUACGAUGUCUGUUUGUAUAACGGAAGGAGAGAUAUACUAUGCCAGGCCAUAACGGCAUAUGUAUCUGCCUGUCAGGCGACGAAAAGGACCAUCAGUCCCUGGAGAACUGCUGAAUUCUGUGGUGUUCAAUGUCCCAUCCACAGCCACUAUGAGCUCUGUGGCUCUGGUUGUGAAGUCACCUGUCAUAAUUUGGCUCCUCCAGCUGGCUGUCGUAGCCCCUGUAUAGAGGGCUGCGUGUGUGAUGAGGGCUACAUCAGGAGUGGGGACCGCUGUGUCCCCCUCUCUCAGUGUGGGUGUCUCUAUGGCAACCGCUACUACUUGCUUUACCAACAGUUCUAUCCUGGCAGAAAUUGUGAGGAGGUGUGCACUUGUUCACCCAAUGGCCAGGUAUUCUGCAAUAAGUUGUCUUGUGGCCCCUAUGAGAGGUGUGGGUUGGUGGACGGCAUUCGCAGAUGCCAGCCAAUCAGUCAUGCCACUUGUGAAGCUGCUGGAGACCCGCACUAUGUGUCCUAUGAUGGGCUGAGCUUUGAUUUCCAGGGAACCUGUACUUACAUUCUGUCACAAACCUUUGGCCUGGAACAAACCAACCUGACCCCUUUCUCCAUCCAGGCAGUGAAUGAGAGAUUGUGGCCCAAUAGUAAUCGUAAAGUCUCAGUUACCAAGCAAGUCUCCUUAACAGUCUACGGCAGUACCUUCAUCUUAAGUCAAAAUGAGCCCCAAAUAUUGGUCAAUGGAGUUCUGACUAACCUUCCAUACAGUUCAAAGAGUUUAAAUGGCUCCUUGGUCCAGGCCUAUAAAGAUGGCGUUAACUAUGUCAUCACAACUGGCUUUGGUCUCAAAGUGACCCAUGACCUUUCCAGCUAUGUCACGGUUACCAUCCCUGGAAAUUACCGCCGCAAGAUCUAUGGAAUCUGCGGUGACUUUGAUGGAGACCCUUCCAAUGACUUCCGGCUCCCAGAUGGCAAUAUAACACAGGACGUCAAUGUAUUUAGGAGAGCCUGGAAAGUGAACGUCCCUGGAGCCGUGUGUGACGACGGAUGUGAAAACGGUACAUGUCUGGACUGUAAUCCCCAACUUAAAGCAAUCUUUGAGAAGCCUCCCUACUGUGGAGUUCUGAUUGACCCCAACGGGCCGUUUUCUGUCUGUCAUGCUGUGGUGAACUGCUCUGCUUAUCACAGUGACUGUGUCUUUGAUGCCUGUGCUUCUGAUGGCAACAGCAAGGUGGUCUGUGACAGUGUGGCAAGGUAUGCUUUUAGUUGUCGCAGAGCUGGGGUCAUUGUCCAAAACUGGAGGACGGACUCUUUCUGCCCAAUGUCAUGUCCUGCUCACAGUCAUUAUGAGCCAUGUGCAGAUGUCUGCUCUGCUGCCUGCCCUGGUCUGACUGCAGUAGUCAAGUGUCUUAAAACCUGCAGAGAGGGCUGUGCUUGUGACAAUGGUUAUCUGUUUGAUGGCCAGCAGUGCGUUGAACACCAACAGUGUGGGUGCUAUGAUCAGGGACGCACGUUUAAGGCUGGAGAGUUGGUUUACCUGGAAAUGUAUAAGCAGAUGUGUCGGUGUGAUCCAGGGAAGGGACUCUCCUGUGAGGAUUCUUGCAGAGACCUCCACUGUAGAGAGAAAGAGACAUGCCGCUCUCAACAUGGCAAGGCAGUGUGUGUGCCUCAGUACAACAGCACAUGCUUGGCAUGGGGUGAUACGCACUACCACACCUUUGAUGGCUACAAAUAUGACUUCCAGGGCACCUGCGGAUAUGUUUUGUCUAAGACCGUUGGGAAUCUGAGUGGACUGGUGCCUUUCUCAGUAACUCAGAGCAAUGAAAACCGUGGUAAUCCUGAUGUUUCUUAUGUGCGGGAGGUGGAGGUUACUAUAUAUGGCAAAACCCUAACUUUAGUGAAGAACCAGACUGGACGAAUCAUGGUGAAUGGUUUACAGUUUUAUCUUCCACUUGAUCUUCAUGAUGGCCGUGUGAGAGUACGACAGAGUGGCAAUGUUGCUCUUUUGGAAACUGAUUUUGGUCUGCGUGUCUCUUUCAACUGGAACUCAAGAGUUUUUCUGCAGCUUCCCAGUAGUUACUAUGGACUUGUGUGUGGCUUGUGUGGAAAUUUCAAUGGUAAUAGUGGAGAUGAGCUGAGAGACCCUGCUCUAAAUCUUCUGCCAAGUCUGUACCAGUGGACAAAGAGCUGGAGAGCAGAAGACAGGGUCACAUCAGCAUGUAACGAUGGCUGUGAGACCAAUUGCACUGUUUGCUCUCCUGAUCUACGUGCCCUCUACGAAACAAACACUUUCUGUGGUAUCCUGACAUCUACAGCCCAGAGUGUUUUUAGUGCAUGUCAUGCUAAAGUGAACCCACAGGCGUUCCAACAGGGCUGUGUGUACGAUCUGUGCUUCAAUAAUGGAGACCGAGAACUACUCUGUGACGCUCUGGAGACAUACGCCUAUCAGUGUCGUCAAGAGGGUGUUGUCAUUACAGAUUGGAGAGAGAGAUUUAAUUGCUCUAUGAAUUGCCCGUCCAACAGUCAUUAUGAGGCCUGUGCAUCUCCGUGUCCAGCGACAUGCCCUUACCCAAAUCAGCAGCUAAACUGCAGUGAGACCUGUGUGGAAGCCUGUGUGUGUAACAGCGGAUUUGUCCUCAGCGCUGGUGUUUGUGUGCCCACAAAUCAAUGUGGCUGCUUCUACGAAGGCGCCUACUACCAACAAGGCCAAACCUUCUGGGUUGAUGAAAAAUGUCAUCAGCUUUGUAAAUGUGAUCAAAGUUUGGUAGUUUGUCAUGAAUCGUCUUGUUCCCCUGAUGAGAGCUGCAUGGUCAUUAAUGGAAGUCGUGUCUGCCAAGCAAUGAGCUCCGCCGUAUGUGUAGCGACAGGAGACCCACAUUACAGCACAUUUGACGGCCUCCAUUUUGACUUCCAGGGCACAUGUAUGUAUCAGUUGGCUGCCCUGUGCAUUGAUAAAGAUGGUCUGGUACCCUUUAAUGUGACCAUUCAGAAUGAUCACCGUUUGAGCAGUGCAGUGAGCUUUCCCAAGACUGUUAAUGUGACUGUGAAUGGAUUGACCAUCACACUAACCAGAGAACAUCCAUAUCGAUUACUGUUUGAUGGCCAACUAGCAGAGCUUCCUUUUUUGCUGCAAGAUGUAUUUUUAGUUUUCCGCAGCGGAAAUAUUGCUGUUGUGAAGACCAGCUUUGGUCUCCAGGUGACCUUUGACUGGUCCAGUGUGGUGAGGGUCACUUUACGUGACAAUUACAGUGGUGCUGUUUGUGGACUUUGUGGAAACUUCAACGGUGGUGUUCAGGAUGAUGGGGCAAUGCACAAUGGUAUGAUAGCACCCAAUGCCAGUAGUCUGGGACGUAGCUGGCAGGUUGCUGAAGCACCUGGCUGUUCCUCAGCUGGUUGUCUUGGUGCUGGAUGCUCAACCUGCACUGCAAACCAGAGAGAGAAUGCACAGCGCUAUUGUGAGAUCCUCACAAACCGGACAGGGCCUUUUAGAGAAUGUCACAAGCAGAUCGAUCCUGGAUCUUACCUGGAGGAUUGCAUAUUUGACACCUGCACUUUUCAAGGACACCAGAUUGUGUUGUGUGCAGCGGUGGCAGCCUACGCAUCUGCUUGUCAGAGUCUAAAUAUCACUGUUCACCCGUGGAGAAAUACCACUUUCUGCCCUCCAUCCUGCCCACCACACAGCCACUACAACCUCUGUGCUCCAGGCUGUACGGAGACCUGUGUUAAUAUUUCUGCACACAACUGCAGCAGACCCUGUGCUGAGGCCUGCCAGUGUGAUCAGGGUUACAUCCUGAGCGGCCAAACCUGUGUACCACAAGCAGAAUGUGGCUGCUUCUAUCGAGGACGCUAUUACAACAAACUGCAGAUGUUUUACGUCAAUGAGCAGUGCUUGGAGCGAUGCGUGUGUGGAGAAAAUGGAACGGUUUCCUGCCAGGCAUCAAGUUGUAGUCCAGGAGAAGCUUGCGGGGUGGUGGAUGGAGUUUUAGGAUGCCACCCUGUCAGUUAUGGAAGAUGUGUGGCCACUGGUGACCCUCACUACACUUCUUUUGAUGGCAGGAGGUUUGACUUUCAAGGCACAUGUGUUUAUACGCUUGCCAAGGUAUGUGACCGGGCUGGAGGACAGCUGUUGAAUUUUUCUGUGGACACACAGAAUGAGCAGAUAAAAAACACAAAGGUUUCUAUCAUCAAGACCUUGACUGUGACUGUCUACAACCUGACAAUUACCGUCAGACGAGGUGAACGCUCGAAAGUCAUCGUGAAUAAUGAAUAUGUCACCCUCCCUUCAGCUUUGGGAAAUCAAGUCACCAUUAACAAGGUUGGUCAAAGUGUAAAAGUGCAAACUGACUUUGGCUUGAAAGUUCUGUAUGAUGCCUAUUACCACGCAGAAGUCUAUGUACCCUCCAGCUAUCAAGGCCACAUGUGUGGCCUGUGUGGCAACUACAAUGGCAAUAAUACAGAUGACUUCUUGUUGCCUAAUGGCACACACAGUGCCAGUGUCAGUGUGUUUGGACAGGCAUGGGCAUUACCAGCAACUGGAGUUCAGUGUGGAGAUAAAAGUUCCCCGCAGCAGUACAAUCAAAUGAAAGCUAAGAGAUACCGCAGAAGUGAUGCCUGUGGUCUCAUGGCAGCUGCUGCUGGUCCCUUCAGUGCCUGUCAUGAUCAGGUGAAUCCUGAGCAAUAUGUGAUUAACUGUGUAUUUGACAUGUGUGUCAUGGAUGGAGACGGAGCGAUGCUGUGUGAAAAUCUUCAAGCUUAUGCCAUCACCUGCCAACAAGCCGGGGUGCAAAUCAUGCCAUGGAGAAAUAGUUCCUUCUGCCCAACGAACUGUCCAGCCAACAGUCACUAUGCACAGUGCUCUAAUAACUGUGCCAACACCUGUGCCAGCCUCAGCAGGUCCAUUAACUGCCCAGACAUUUGCAUGGAAGGCUGUCAGUGUGACGAAGGCUGGGUCUCAGAUGGUGAUGCGUGUGUGUCUGUGAGAGACUGUGGAUGCGUCCAUAAUGGCAAAUAUUUAAGGGUUGGAGAAGUCUUAGUGACUGACACCUGCGACAGAAAGUGUGUGUGUCGUGCCACUGGGCUGCUGGAGUGUGUGAGCCAUACCUGUGGCCGAGAAGAGCUCUGUGAAGUUCAAAAUGGCCAAAGAGAUUGUUACACCGAUCAAGGCCACUGUGUAUUUAAUGCCAGUGACCAGUUGCAGUCCUUUGAUGGUGUAAAAGGGAUGGUGGGGUGGCCGGGAGCCUAUCAAAUGGCUCUCUUAUGUGAUCAAGAGUCUCCUGACUGGUUCCGUGUGGUGUUAGAUGUACGUGCAUGUGCCAGGAAUGAUUCUGGUCAUGUGACAAUGGUCCAUAUCUUCUUCCAGGACAUGAUCAUCACGGUCAACAAUCACAGGCACAGCUGGGUGAAUGGAAUUAAAGUCUCAUAUCCCAUCAUACCUAAAGAGGGGUUGUCAAUCUCAUACCAAAAUGAGGCUGUGAUCAUCAAGAUGAUGUCUACCAUGAAACUGACUUACUCCCUAGAUGAAAGCGUUGUGUUAUCCGUAAGCAGAGACCUGACAAACAAAGUAUGUGGAGCCUGUGGAAACUUUAAUGGAGACCCUGCAGAUGAUUUGAUAACUUCUGAUGGGAGGAACUCCACUGGGAUGUCUCUAGUUGCUGCGUCCUGGCAGGCUGAAGACUUCUUUACAUGUGUGUAAUAAACCUGAGAAGAUUUUGAUACCACAGAUUAUGGUCUAAUAAAGGAAAUCUACAUUUAAUUUGCCUGUUAGUCCUUUCAUGCUUUUAGUUUGCUAGCCCAAAUAUUACUUUAUAAUGGAAUCUAAUGAAUUGUAAAUUGUACUUAAUGUUGGUGUUUAAUAUGGUACUUUAUAACAGGUUUAAAACUAUUUCUACAUAAUGUUUUAGUCUGAAUUUGUAACUGCACUUUUUAUGAAUUGAAAUUGUGCACAUUUAAAAUACAUUUCUGAAACCUA